CGCGAAUCGCUGAAGUUGUGUGGACCUGAACGAUCUUUAUGUUUAGGUUUUUCGGUGCAGAUACCGUUUUCUUCGGUACGUCAACUUCUCAUAAUCUACGUGUGUAAGAGACCGACCCAGACUAUAGUCAUGCAGCUCGUUAUGGGGGUCUACUGGCGGACGUGGUGGACUCUGCCAACACUAGGUAUGGGAGCUCUGGUGGAAGUUCUGGGCUGGCUGGGUCGAGUGAAAAGCCUGUCGACUCUAGAAUGGCAGCCGAAUCAAGGAGGAACGUGGUAUUACAAUUUCAAUGAUUUUGUCAUGCAGGACUGCUUGCUCGUGAUAGCGCCCACAUUCUUUUCAGCUGCCAAUUAUGUGUUCCUUGGAGAGCUCAUUGUGCGCACAAACACCAUGUACUCUUCUAUCGACAUUCGAUCCUACCGCAUAAUUUUCAUCACCUCCGAUGUCCUCUGUCUAUUCAUCCAAGCUGGUGGAGGUGCCUGGGCAGGGACGGCACCCCUUGGUCACGCCCAAAGGGGCGCCUACAUGAUGACAGCAGGAAUCAUCCUUCAGCUGGUCGUCACAGUCGUUUCUAUUAUACUGUACAUCGAGUGGUUAUAUCGAUGGAGCAAGAAUCGCCCAGUCAUCCGCCAGUAUCGACCAUUCGCUCUUAAACAGAAAAACCGCUCAGACAACGUGGAGCGACCGGAGUCGUCCCUUCCAGCCGACACCGACUCCCAUGAGCACAUCAACAAAACAACAUCAGCAUCAGAUUCAUCUCCAGACACCGACACCGACAAGGAGCAUGAAAGUCAAGCAGGACCAGAGGCUUCUAUGACCCACACUUUGGACUUUGGCGCGGUGCCAUUGGAACAGCCACGCAGGCUCCGCCUUAUGGCCAAGCUUCUUGCUUUUACGACUCUUCUCAUCGUCAUCAGGUCCCUCUUCAGAUCAGUGGAGCUGGCGGAUGGUUGGACUGGUGCAAUCGCCACUAAUGAACCUCUGUUUCUUGUUAUGGACGCGGCCAUGAUGACGGCACUCCUCUUCUUGUAUUCGCUCAUCCAUCCUGGGCUGUCUAUCGGUCGCCCUCUCAAGUUUUAAGCCUCGAUUUGUACCCUGAUUUGGGCCUGAGAUUCGCUUUUUUUACUCACGCAUCACUGGUCAGCGCUUUUGGGCUUCUGGAAAGGACAGUAGUAGCCGUAGAUGGAUGUGAUCGGUGCUUUUCGCCUAAUUCCUCAUGCACUGACAGCC